AUGCGAAAGUUGGAAUGGGACGACAUGGGAGUGAAGGUCGACGGUCGGAAGCUACACCAUUUGCGCUUUGCUGAUGACAUUGUACUGAUAACAACUAACACCAGCCAAGCGGGACGAAUGCUGACAGAAUUCGACGAAACAUGUGGAUGCAUCGGUUCAGGUGAAUCUGCAAAAGACUAUGUUCAUGCGCAACGGAUGGGUCUCGGAUGCCCCACGCUCAACGAAACGAACAUAUUUGAAUGCACCAGCUACGUUUAUCUGGGUCUGGAAUUAAACAUGAUGAAUGACCUGAUCCCCAAGCUGGGCAGGAGGAGACGAGCGGUUUGGGGAGCAUAUAAGAGCAUCGAGGACGUAGUGAAGAAGACCAGGAACACCUUGCUCCGUGCUCACCUCUUCAACACCACUGGGCGACUCUGGCACGCGAUCGGGACAAAUGAAAGAAUUACUGGCACCCGCUCAACCAGUUCGAAGAUCAACGGGAGUCAAGGUGUGGUCAAAGUGAAGUGCCGACCCCAUUAG